AUGGUGCACUCAGUCUGUAGUAAAAAUGGUGAUACAAAGAGUGAACUUUUUUCUAGGUUGGAUCCACAUAAAUUUAUCCCACUGAAUUCCAAAAUCGCAAAAGAAAUAAAUGCUCAGAUCCCCAUGGGAAUAUAUGGUGGAACUAAAAAAAAUGAGGCACCUUACUUGAACUCCAUGAAAAAUUCAAGUCUAAUGGUUAUGGAGUUCCUCCCUACUCAACAAAUUGUUAAGUGUGAAACUCUUAAUAUGCGAAAUGAUGAUUCAAAUGAUAUUCAGCUUAGUAGAAAAGAUGGCAGAGAUAAAAACGAAUAUGAUUCAUAUUCGUUCGGUGCUAUUAAAAAAAAUUAUUUUGAUAAGAAAUACUUGCAAAAUAAAUAUAAUUCGGAUGAUUCAUUUAUGAAAGAUUUAUUUUCCACAAGAAAAAUACAGGGGGAAAUAACAAUUAAUCAACUCAUUAAACAAGCAUCUGGAAUAAUAACAGAAGAUGUAGCAAAAAACUGCAGAGCUACAGGAAUUGGAUUGAAGAAAGCUAUCUCAGGUGAAAUUACUCAGGUAAUGAUCUAUACAUAUUCUGAAAAUAAUCAAAGGAUAACUUAUGGGGGAUACAAUUUCAGGAUUUUAUUAACACCAUACAAACAAUUAGACAAUUUAAAUGGCCAAGAUCAAGUUUCACUUAUUUCCUUGGAACUAUUUGAUAUGAAUGAAAUAUUUGAAGGAAGUGUAAUAGAUAAUCAUGAUGGUACUUACACAGCAUCAUACAUUUGUAAAAAAGCUGUCCCACACAAAUUAGAAAUUUUUGAAGGCAAAAAUAAGAACUCAAUAGGAGAAUCCCCAUUUGUAGUUCAAGUAACUCCGGGGAAAUCAUAUCCGGAAUUAUGUUGGGCUGAAGGUGAAGGAUUGAAAUAUUACAAUAUAGAUGGAACAAUAUCUACAUUUAAAAUACAUUCUGUGGAUAGGAUGGGGAAUAAAACUAAAAGGGGAGGAGACCAAUAUGAAGUAUUUGGAGUUGGAGGGAUCAAAAUUCAACAAAUAUUAGAUUUGAAAAAUGGAGAAUAUGAGGUAUAUUAUAAAGUACAUAAAUGCAAUUUAGAUGACUAUAAAGAAAUUAAUAUUAAAUUAUAUGGGCAAUAUAUCAAAACUCCUGCAUUUUAUCCAAUAUCUAAAUUCUCACCAAAUAACAAACUGAUGGAUAAAAGUUGUGAAAUUGAUCAAAAUAAUUUGUUAAAUAAAACAAUCCUGAAAUUUGACAAUUUGUCAAUUGAUAUUAAACCAGCUUAUACAUUAUCAAUGGUAUUCAAACAUUUUAAUGAAAUGAAAAGAAUGGGUAAUGAGAUUGACAUCUCAAUACCUAAUUUGGCCCCAUUUCCAGAAGAAAGAGAAGAGAAAACAAACAGGGAAAUAAUUAAAAUGCUUGGAAUAAUUAACGAAUCAAAAAACUUUGAGAUCAAUAAUAACAUGAUUUUAAACGAUAAAAUCAGAGCUACUGUACUGGACGAUUAUAGAAAUAACACUUUAAAAAGUGUUACAAAUAAACUUAUUAAAAACGAGGAGAUUUUAAAUGAUUUAUCUAAAGCCAUUGUUUUGCACUGUGAAACUGGGAAAAAACAUGAUAAAAAAUUAGUUAAAGACGAAAAAAAAUUAGAGUCUGAAUUAGAUGAUAUAACAGAUUGCCAACAAAGAAUGUUCGCAACGUAUUCAUGUUUACAACAAGGUGGUAUUGAUAGCCUACCAGUUUCAUUUGAAUUGGAAGAUCCUGAAAAAGUCAAGUCUCGUCAAAUUAAAGAUCGAAAAUUCUACAUUGAUACAUACAAUUUGUUAGAAAAAAAGUUCGAAGAAAUUAAUUUAAGGAAAGAAUUAUUUGAAAAAAAUAGAGAUGAAUAUACACAGAAAUUGCAUCGAACAUUAGCAACCAGACAAAAAUCUAUAAUAAAAACUCAAAGAAGUUAUAACAGAAUAUUGGACGAGUUAGACAAAGUUUAUUUGCAAUUAUCGAAAAAACAAGCAAGAAGACAAGAUUUAUAUAAAAAUUUGAAAUCUGAAUCACUGAAAGUAUUUGAAGGUCUAGAAAAUCAAAAAAUAUUAGAUCUUCAUUUAAAGAAAAAUGCGGUUAUAACAGUAAAUAACGAAGGAAAUGAAAUUGAUAAACGUAUAAACCAAGACGAAACAGAUAAUAACAUUAAAAGGACGACUGGGAAGGACAGAAGAUACAAUAAUUAUUCUUACUUGAUUCCUACAGAUCCAGAAAGCCCAGCAUUUUGGUUUGCAGAAGCAUCAUACCUUAGGGAUGAAAAGGAAAAAAUUAAUCAAUACAAAAAACAUGACGAUGAUUAUGAUACAAAUAAUCCAUUUAGUGACAAUCCACAAAAAAUCAAAAGAUGGGAUUUGGACGAUGAUAGUAGAUGGAUUAGUUGUCCUUCGAGUGUUUCAAUAUCGUUUUCAACAAUGAAAACACCUGAAAUACAACCAAUAAAACAAAAAGGAAUGUUUAAAAAUAAUAAUGAAACCGAAAAUUUGAGUCAAGUUAAAAAAGAAAUCGUAGUUAAUAAGAAAAGAGAUCCCAUGCUACCUGAUAAUAUGAAUGAUGAAGAAAUAAAUAUAAUUAUUCAAAAAGAUAAGGAAAGAAAGAAUGCGUUUGGUAAGGCACCAAAUAUUCAAAAAGGUAAUUUAGAGGAUGAUAAUGUUAGUCCAUGGGUUAAGAGACCACCAAAUCCAAAAAAAAUUAAGUCAUUUUAUAAUAAGUCUUUGGAUGAUAUUAAUGAAAAAUUAUUUAAAGUAACUAAAGAAGAUUCUAAUAAUGAAGAGAUGGAACAUGAAAUUAAAUAUGAGUCAGACUUAAAUCACGAUUACAUAGAUUUUGAUCUGUUAAAUAAAGAUGUAAAAUUAUUACCUGAAAUAUUUUGGGAUAGAGAUUUCAUUCUCAAUUUAAACUACAAUGCAAGAAAAAAAGAAGAUUUUGAGAAGAUAAAAAAUGUUUGGCAAGAACAACUGAAACCGGGUUAUGAGAUGAAAAAAGAUAUUGAAGCUGAGAAAUUAAAGUUAAUGGAGUUACUCCCGGAAAAAUACUCUAAUAUUAAUCAGUUGAAUGUUAUGGAAUAUCAUGAAGAAAAUAAUUCGUUAAACAAUGUAAAAAAUAGUGAUUUAGAAAAUAGUGAGUGGAAGCACAUACAUCAUACAUUUGAAAGCGAUCCUAGGGAUGUUCCAUGGGAAUUUUUAGACGAGAUCUCAAAAUUAGGCACUAUGCCAAGUGAAGAAUUGAAUAAACAAGAGUUACAAAAGUAUAUUGUCGAAUCACUAGUAUUAGAUGGGAAAAGUUUAUCCGAUAAAAGAAAUCAGAUUAAAGAAAAAUUAAUACAGGAAAAAAAACAUUUUAAAGAGUUGGAGGUUAAAAAAAUAGACAAUAUAAGGUCUGAAGAUAUGACUAAUGAUCAAAAAACAAAAUCGGAAACAAGUAAAAAUGACGUUAAAUUGGUUGUAAAAAUGAAAAAAAGUGAUUCAAAAGUAUCAAAUUCCGUAGGAACAAAAUUAUUAUUAAGUAGAAAAAAUUUUGAUACUAGAAGAGAACAAUUCGAGCGUGACAACUUUGUUUAA